GCAAAACAGAGUUGUCCAGAGGCGCAACAGCGCUGUCCCAACAACGAUGUAGCCUUUGGAACAUCGUUGGCAACUGCAUUAAUUACUCCAACAGCCAUAUUUUUGAAAAUCUGAACGUUGAGAACAUCUUUUUCUAUAAAUUGGGCCCCCCUCUCUUCACUUUUACACACACAAACACAAUUCUCUUCAAUAUCUUUGCAUAAUUCAUCUCCUCUACUCUUUUCUCUUGAGAUCUCUUCACCAUGGGCAAAGACAAGAGCAGGGCUGCCACCUCCGGGAAAACAAAGUCCAAAUCCCGGGCACCUUCCACAAACUCCGAGGAGCGCCUCUACUACGGCGAUGGAUCGUAUCUCUGGUUCGAUUCCGAGGAGGAGCGCACCCGUUUCCUCACCUUCUUCUCUAAACGGGUUGUGGCUCCACCGCGGAUUGUCCCGGAGCGCUUCCCGAAGUUGCAGGGCUACGACGAUCUAGACGCGCAGCUUAACCAAGCCGGCCUUUGGCCGUUCGUCUCCCGGGCUCGGAAGGAGAUCAACCCGGCGCUGAUCCGGGCCUUCUACUCCAACCUCUGGCGUGAGGGCGACGUGCUCUACUCUCUUGUCAAGAGCACGCCGAUAGAGCUUUCCGUUGAGCAGCUUCGGCGCAUCGCCGGCCUCCCCUACCAAGGCGACGACAUCUCCCACUAUGGCGGAGAGGACUGGGUGCUCAACAACGAGGGCCUUAUCCUCAACGAGCUUGGCAUCACCGAGCUCAUCCGCCAUGCCUCGGAACGCCCCACCAUCCACUCCGCAAACCCCGAGAGCCGGCUUCUUCUCUACAUCAUGUCCCGAAUCAUCAAGCCCCGGAAGCAUGGGCACACGAUCAUGUCCAGUGAGGACCUCAAGCUUCUCCACGCGAUCAUGCACACGGCCCCGAUCAAUUGGGCAAAGUUUGUCAUGAUCAACAUGACAGUCGCCGCGUCCACCAACCACGAUCACCUCCUUCCGUACCCGUUCGUGGUGAUGGACAUCCUUGAACGGUUCAAGGUGACCACCACUGUUGGCCCGCUCACGAAGGCCACGAAGAUUUGGGCGAUCAGCACCCAAACCUUCAAGAAGCGGUCGGACAACGCCAAACCUGCCACUGCCGCGCCACGGCGCCGUUCUGCUGCUGGCCCAGCCGAACCCCACGCCUGGGCCAACCUUGCCUCCAUCGCCGACUCCCUCAACCGGCUUU